GCCACCCACGGGUUCGAGACGAUGAAUGAGAAACAGUUUAAGGUUGAAAAGUGGGAAGCAUCUCAAUUCUGCCUACAUCUAAACACGACAGAGCUGAGCUAAAGCUGAAACCUGCCUCCCUGAAAAAAAGAAUAAAUAAAAAUAAUCCACCAACAUAGCUCAUGGAGGUUAAAAUGGACCACACAGAGAUGUCAAACAUCCAGCCUGAGUUCCAGCCUGCUGCAAUGGGAGCAAGUGACCUGAGGGCUGUGGGAGCUCUGAUCUCCAUGACUGAACACUGGAAGACCAGCAACUUAAAGCCAAAGCACCCCAGACCUCCCACCCCCUCCUCAGAAAGCUCAGAGGAUGAUUAUCUGUCCUCCAGUCCUCCUGUUCUGCAUGAGUCUUCAUUUUGCAUGACGCCACCAUAUAGCCCACCUCCCUGUGAGGCCACCCCUUCAGGCCCGGUGCUGAAACCGCUCCAUUCUGCAGAGGACGCAGCUGUUUCCCAGAAGUACCAGUGCACCAGCGUGAUCCGCCACACCGCGGAUAUCAGGGACUGCUCCUGUAACCCUCACCGACUCCAGCAGGAAGACGGGGCCUCAGAGGAUUCUAGAACAAACAUCGACUGCUCGAGCAGAGACUCUGAUAAGAAUUCAGCCCAAGAGAAAACCUCCAAAGAUGCAUCACACCAUUCUGAACCCAGCCAGAUCCGGACGGGUCGGUUCAAACCAGAUGAUGGAUCAAAUACUUCACUUCCAGCUGGAAUCACUCUAGUGUCUCCUGUUCCCUUCUUCAGCCGGAUUGUUCCUGUCUCCUCUGCAUCCACUGCCACCCUGCAGAGCCAUAACAGUUCUUCGCCUGCUGCUCCACCGAUCAGACAUGCCUCACAGGGACAGACCCUGCAGCAGUACUCACUGCCUACCCCCCGGGUUCUGUUUGUAGAAGGUCAGGUGGUCAAAGGCCCCGUGGUGCUGCUUGUCCCCCAACCAUCUGUUCCUGCCGUUUACCUUAAGCAAGCGCAGACGACCCCUGCUGGUCCGAGGUUUCUUCCCAUCGCCCCGGCCCCUGGGCAUGCCGCCUCAGAGCCGAGGCGCGCCCCCAUGCAACCAGAGGCCUCACGGGUGCGCAGUCAUGUUUGUCCUCGUGAGGACUGUGGCAAGACCUACUUCAAGAGCUCCCAUCUUAAGGCCCACAUGAGGACACACACAGGUGAGAAACCUUUCAAAUGUAAGUGGGACGGAUGCGAGAGGCGAUUCGCUCGCUCUGAUGAGCUCUCUCGCCAUCGCCGAACCCACACCGGUGAGAAGAGGUUCACCUGCCCCAUGUGCCUCAGCCGCUUCAUGCGCAGCGACCACCUGGCUAAGCACGCCCGGCGACACCUGGUGCCCAGGAAGAAACCCCUCUGGGCAUUAGGGGUCCCCCCCACUGCAGAGCUCCUCCCUCUCCUAAAGACUCACUGAAAAUCCAAAGACUGGAAGUAAUCCAUAAAACUGAUAGGUUUGAAUUUGUACAGGUAUUUAUUUU